AUGUAUGGGAUCAAUCAGCACUGUUUUUACUUAUCCUUUCACUUCUUCGUGGUGUGGUGCCAUGCACAGGGGGAGAAUCACCCUUCUCCUAAUUUUAACCAGUAUGUGAGGGAACAGGGGACGUUGACGGACCAGCUUAGCCGGCGCCAGGUCCGAGUUUACCAGCUCUACAGCCGGACCAGCGGGAAGCACGUCCAGAUACAGGGCCGGAGAGUCACCGCUACAGCCGAGGAUGGCAACAAUUUUGCAAGGUUGUUUGUGGAGACAGACACCUUUGGAAGCAGGGUUCGCAUCAAAGGUGCUGAAAGUGGGCGAUAUCUAUGUAUGAAUCGUCGUGGGAAACUGGUUGGGAAGAAAGCCAGUGGUAGAGGCAGAGACUGUAUCUUCACAGAGAUCGUCCUGGAGAACAACUACACGGCCUUCCAGAAUGCCAGGUACGAGGGCUGGUACAUGGCCUUCACCAGGAAAGGCCGGCCCAUCAAGGCCUCCAAGACCAGGCAGAACCAGAGGGAGGUGCAUUUCAUCAAGAGACUCCACAAGGGCCCACCGCCAUUCCCCAACACAGACCGACUCAAACACUUUGAGUUCAUCAGCUUCCCACCGACACGCAGAGCCAAGCGGAACAGGAAGCCUCACAAAGUUGAAUGA